UCAAAGGCUCAGGUCGUCUGUCAAAGAUAAUUGUUAUGAAAUUUGUGAUUCUCCGUUCUUGUUAGUUGAAAUUUGAAUUGAAUAAUAUAGAAAUUAACCUCAAAAGUGAUUGAUUUCUGAAAAAUCGUUAUAGCAUUAUAUACAAGAGCGUUUAUUGUGUUAGUUUUUUAAAGUCAUCAAUUGAAAUUAAGCUUUUUUUAUAAUUUUGAGAUUACAAAAAAUGUUACCACUAUCACUAUUACGUACUGCUCAAAACCAUCCGAUGCUAGUGGAAUUAAAAAAUGGUGAAACAUACAACGGUCAUUUAGUCAGUUGUGAUAAUUGGAUGAAUAUCAAUUUAAGAGAGGUCAUUUGCACAUCUCGAGAUGGAGAUAAGUUCUGGAGAAUGCCUGAGUGCUAUAUCCGGGGGAGUACAAUAAAGUACCUCAGGAUCCCCGAUGAAGUUAUUGAUAUGGUGAAAGAAGAAACCCAAGUAAAGGCUAGGAGUCGCAAUGAAGUAUCCAAGGGUCGAGGAGGUCAAAACCUAAGGUCAGGGAGAGGUGGAAGUCGAGGGGCCUUUGGAAACAGAGGGAGACCAGCGCCCCUUAGGGGUGGAGGAGCAGGCCGGCCACAAAAUAAAAAUAAAAAAUAGUUUAUUAAAUAUAUCACUUAUUAUCUAAGAAAUCUCUAGUAUUAAUCUACUGUCAGUGCUUUUAAUCAACUGACAAAAUGCUGAAAACCAUAAAAAAAUUGUCAGAUAAAAAUAAACUUGUGAAUAAUAAAAACACUUUCUAAAAAGUUAAA